AUGAUGAAGCGAGGCCUCCAGGUUACCCGGGAACCACGAGGGAAAUUCGAACCGCUGUCUGCUGUCAGACGCGAUCUACACUCUGAGGAACUGUUCUGCUUGACCUGCCAACCCAUCACAUUCACUUAUGCCCCCCAGACGCAGUCUGGAGAUUCCAAGGCACUUCGCCCCCCUCCUGCCACAUCAUUUUCAUGCUCCCCAGACUGGGGAUCCCAAGGCGCUUUACCCCCUUCCUGCCAGUCCUAUGAUGAAUCGAGACCUCCAGCCCCCCCCGCAGAACCGAAACCGUUGCCGCCAUAUGAAGCCCCCGAGGCCCCCCUCACAGCCGAGGACCAGCAACGAAUCACCAAUCUUCUCUCAUCAACUUACUUCCGAAAACUCCGCACCCACCUCCAACAUGCCACAGAAAAGCUCACACACGCAGGUGGUGAUGUGAACGAGCGCCUUAGCGACGCGCGUCUUCGCUACGAGAAAGUCAAGGAGAAACGCCGAAAAGAAGGCGACGAGGACGACGUCGCGGAUGACCCGACCAGUGAGGAAUACCAGCGCCUUGCCGCCUCCGAGGCUCAAGUCGAAGCUAUCACUGCGCGACUGGAAGAGAAGACCCGGUAUAUUAUCGAUUCUGAGACGAAGCUUCAAGGCCUGGCGGACUCAAUGACUCAAAUCGAGAAAGAGCAGGCCGAGGCUCUCCGUGCUGCCCUGGGGGCGAGACAGACCCGUCAACAGCGGGCAAUCAUGAGGGCCAAUGCUGAUGAGGACGAAGAUUCCAACGAUGAGGAACAAGAAGAUCCCGCGGAGAGAGAGGCGAGAGAGCGGAAUGCGCGGAACCCGCCUAGUCGCAAGCUGGAAACGAAGCUGGCUGAGGAAACUCAGAAGUGGAACGCGCUUUCAUUGAAUGAGAGAUAUGCCGGCAACAACUCGUACAUCGGCUUCUACCGAAUGGUUCACGACUCCAAAUUCCCUGGCGACGAUGUGCCGCCUCUCCCUCACUCUUCUACAUGGUUUGAGCACCUCGAAGACGCGAAUACAUCCGCCCACACACGCAAACAAAGCCAUCGCCACUCGACCGCUGAGUCCGAUGAUGACAUUGCCAUUGAGCGCGAGCGCAUAUCUCUCAAAUGCCCACUGACUCUUUCACUCUACGUUGAUCCUGUGAGGAGCACGAAAUGUCCGCACAGCUUCGAGCGCGAAGCUAUUAUGGAUAUGAUCAACCGCAGCCGGACGACUAUUGCGCCCCCAGCAGCUCGUCAGGGACAGCACCGUAUUCGUAUGGUCAAAUGUCCUGUUUGCUCCAGUCCGUUGACUGCGGAUGAUCUGCGGCCCGACCCUGUUUUGCUACGACGUGUUCGCCGAGCCCAGGAGCUUCAGGAGCGCGAGGAGGAUGAUGAUCACCUUGAAGGGGAUAGGAGGCAUAAGGAUCGCAGUACCGGAAUUACCUUGGGUAGCGAUGCGGAUAGCGAUGACGAUGCUAUGGAUGUCGAUGCCAACCCGGCCUCACAGCGCAUCAAACCGGAGCCACUGAGCCAGGCUGCUCGGGCUGGCCAAGCUGAUGAGUCUGAGGAGGAUGCGGAGAGCGAUGACAAUGAACAAGGGAACAGCAAUCCGGAGGCAGAUGCUGCCGAGGAGCAAUAUGACGAAGAACAGAACGAGCAGUCAUUGAAUGAUGAGCCAAUGGAAGAUGCGGGGAAUGACGAUGGGGAAAAUGGCGGCGUGAACACUCAGAGUGUCGAAGGGCGUAGUUGUGUGCAGAAUGAGGGUAGCAGCGGGGGAGCAACGGACAGUGAUAGUGAAGUUGAAGCCAAGUAUGAGGGUGAAUCCGAUUGA